ACUGACAGUCAAGCGGCGCAGCCAGCAUCCUGCUAUUUCUAGUAUCCGCACACACGUCCGUUCGAUCGAAUCGACAACAGGCAUCGCCAUGGCAGACAACGAAGCAAACGCACCAGCUGCAGCCCCGGCACCGACGGCAACGAAAAAGGCAGCGGCCAAGCAGACCAAACCCAAGAAGCCAAGGACCAAGCCCAACCACCCGCGCACCUCGGAGAUGGUUAACGCCGCGAUCACCAACCUGAAGGAGAAGGGUGGCUCGUCGCUGCAAGCUAUCAAGAAGUACAUCGCCGCCACGUACAAGGUCGACGCCGAGAAACUCUCACCGUUUUUAAAGAAGUACCUUAAAUCCGCCGUUGCCACCAAGAAGCUGGUGCAGGUCAAAGGCAAGGGCGCUUCCGGCUCGUUCAAGCUGUCGUCCGCUAAGACCGAGGCCAAGGUGGUGAAGAAAACCAAGAAGCCGGCCGCGAAGAAGACCAAGCCCACGGUCGCCGUGAAAAAACCGGCCGCCGCAAGCAAACCCGCGGCUAAGAAGGCAGCGAGCGCCAAGAAGCCGGCAGCCGCGAAGAAACCCGCUGCCGCCGCAGCGAAGAAGAGCUUGAAGACGUUAACGAAGAAGGCCAAGCCCGCGGCUGCCAAGUCCAAGGCCGCUCCCAAGCCUAAAGCGUCCGCUAAGACCAAGGUGGCACCCAAGCCCAAGGUGGCCAAACCAGCGAAGAAGGCUGCGGCCAAGCCGAAGAAACCCUCGGUGAAAAAGGCGGCGGCGAAAAAGAAGUAGAGACCUGUUGAGUGAGUGCGCGGUCAGGAGCAACAGAAAACCGGCCCUUUUCAGGGCCAACAAUUAGCCUAUAUUUAAGCAUAGAAGACUUAUCACUUGGAUUGAUAUUCAUUCUAUUUAUUUCUUUUCGUCAUCAUUGAUUGUACAUAUUGCAUUAUGAGGAUACGAAUAUAAUUUUCUUAUUUUUAAUAAAUACUGUUUUUUUUACAAGAUACAUUAGCACGUUU